AUGCCGUCCUUCGAGUCCUACCGCCUCACCGAGCCCCACCCCUCCGUCCCGAGCAGCAACUACAUCUACUCCGGCCGCGGCGGCGCCGGCAACAUCCACCGCGUCGACCGCAAAUCCGUGACCGACGGCGCCAACGCUUCCGGCCCACCCUCGCUCAUCAAGCUGAGCCGGCCGCCGAACAACUCCUACUUCCUGUCCGGGCGCGGCGGCGCGGGCAACGUGCACCGCGAGAACGAGCGGGCCAUGUUCAGCUUCGACGAGGAGCUCGCGGCCCAGCAGCGCAUCCAGGAACGCUCGGCGCCCGUCUAUCACAUCGGGCGCGGCGGCGCGGGCAACGCGGUCGACGAGAUGAAGCCGCGGAGCGAGAGGACGAACUCGGGCGCGUCGAACAUUAGCAGCGGGAGCGAUGCGAGCGACAAGGUGCGACGGAGUAUUGGCGGGACGUGGGAGAAGAUUCAUCGCUCGAUGUCGAGGUCUUCUUAG